AGAUGCAUGAACUACAUGGAAUCCAGAAAUCAAACAGCUGUUUCAGGAUUUCUUCUGAUGGAGGUAACAGCAGACCCAGAACUGCAGCCCAUUCUCUUCAGCUUGUUCCUGUUCAUGUACCUGGUCACCAUCUUGGGAAACGUGCUCAUUGUUCUGGCCAUCAGCUCUGACUCCCACCUCCACACCCCCAUGUACUUCUUCCUCUCCAACCUGUCCUUUUCUGACAUCUGUUUAAGCAGCACCACAAUUCCCAAGAUGCUGGUGAAUAUUCAAGCUCAGAGUCAGAGCAUCACUUACACAGGCUGCCUCACUCAGCUGUGCUUUGUCCUGAUUUUUGCAAGCUUGCAGAGUUUUCUUCUUGCAGUAAUGGCUUGUGACCGCUAUGUGGCCAUUUGCUACCCAUUGAAAUACACAGUCAUCAUGAACCCCCACCUCUGUGGCCUACUAGUUUUACUUUCCCUGUUUAUUUGCAUUGUUGAUGCCCUGGUCCACAGUCUGAUGGUACUGCGGCUGUCCUUCUGCACAAACCUGGAAAUCACUCUCUUCUUUUGUGAAGUUGUUCAGGUCAUCAAGCUCGCCUGUUCUGAUAACUUCAUCAAUAACUUUAUGAUAUAUUUUGCUACUUGCAUAUUUGGUGCCAUUCCUGUCUCUGGAAUCAUUUUUUCUUAUGCCCAAAUAGCCUCCUCUGUUUUGAAGAUGCCAUCAACUAGGGGAAAGUAUAAAGCUUUUUCCACCUGUGGGUCUCACCUCUCAGUUGUUUCCUUGUUCUAUGGGACAGGUUUGGGGGUAUACAUUAGUUCUGCCAUUUCAGACUCUUCAAGGAGGACUGCAGUAGCUUCAGUGAUAUACACCAUGGUUACUCCCAUGAUGAAUCCCUACAUCUACAGCCUGAGGAACAGGAACGUGAAGGGAGCUUUGAGAAAACUCAUUGUUAGGUAG